AUGAAAGCGGAGCAUAUUCUUGUAGAGAUACGGAGGAAACCCCUCGAAAUCGAACUGAAGAGAGCGGGAGAGAAAAAGAUCAUUCUUUGUGAACGACCGGAGCAGUUUAGACGUGUGAUAAAAAAAGCUCAAUUAAAAUUAACAUCGGAAAGUCACAAGUGUCACAAUUCUAAAGUCAGAAAAGCAUCUCAAUCUUAUGACAAAAUCAGAGCAACGUUAAAAAAUAUUUGUCUUACCUUGGUUCUACCACAAUAUUCAAAUUUUUUGAAAAUUGGCUUCAAAAUUUAUAAACACAGUAAGGAAUUUCCGGUUUUAUCAUUUCAACAAUCACGUAAGUCACGGCACACGUCGGAUAAUUCUCAAAAGGAAACACAAUAA